AUGUCCUCACAGGCAUCAAGAACAUCGAGAAGGAAACGCAAAGAUGCUAAACCGCAGGUUUAUGAAAUCAUUUCAAUGGAAGAGUUCACACCGUUAUCAGGAUGUUCAACUUCAUCUGCACCUGACAAAAACCCAGAUAUUAGACCACCUACUAACGGUGACCAACCAAAAUCAUAUAGAAUGAGUGAAGACAAGCCUAUUCGAAGGAAAAGGAGAAGCAUUCUACCUCAAGUUAUUCAAAUAUUUUCACUUGAAGAUAACCCAGUGUCAGCGUCGUUGUCUACCAGUAGUCAUACUAUAGGCAUCCCAGAAGUCACAUAUACCGUAGACGCUAAGAAGAUCACUUCAUGUGAGUUACCGUCCCAACAGAAUCAAUUACAGACACAGCCUUCAGAAGUUAUAAGUAUUGGUAUGAAGGACUUCAGGCGGAAAGAUCAACAAAGCUUGUGUCCUCUGAAGGACAUUACAAACUUGGCAUCAAACUUGAGUAAGAGAUUCAACGAUGAGACAGUCCCAGGAAAACCACCACAGCGUAAAAAGUCAAAUGACGAAUCAAUGCAAGCUACACAAAUGACCAAAAGAUUGGUUGCAAACUAUAGAAACAUAGGACAAUCAGUUGGUGAGCUUUUCGUUUUAACAACUGAAGGUGAUAUAUUUGCUGGCAAAUUACAUCCGAGUUCCACUAGCAGUGUACCUCAGGAUCCUUACUCAAGUACAAUACGAGCAGCGCAAUGCCAAUCAAUGACUGAUACGCAAGCUGCAGAGAUAGUAGAUUAUAGCAAUAUUGACUUCGCUUAUGGGUCGGAUCAUGAUGAUGAAAUUAGAAGUGAUCGCAUUGAGGAGGACAGUAAUAUAGAAGCAAUGGCAAGUACACAACAUGAGAGGUUGGGCAAAGACAAAACAAUUGAAAAUGUGACAACCAUUGACGAGUUUGGAUCCACAGAUUACAUGGAUGAAGGUGAUCCUAUACACCAAUGCAAAUACUGUCAAGCAUUACUUUGGUAUAAUGAAAGGGUGAAGAAAGACCAAAAACGGAAUGUGAACAUGUUCUCAAUUUGUUGCCUACAAGGGAAAGUUCAAAUACCAUUCAUGAAAUCACCACCACCAAUCUUGCAUGAUCUAUUUUUCAAUAAGAAUUCUGCAGAGUCUAAAAAUUUCCAUUGCAAUAUUAGGCAAUAUAAUAACAUGUUUACAUUCACGUCAUUGGGAGGUAACAUUGACCACUCAAAGAAUCGUGGUGGUGGUCCUUACUCAUUCAUCAUGCAUGGAGUAAAUUACCACAGUAUAGGAAGUUUGCUUCCACCAGAAGGUGCGAGGCCAGUUUUCUCACAAUUAUAUAUAUAUGACACUGAUAACGAGGUUGCCAAUCGUAUAUCAGCUGUGUGCAAGCAUCAAGAAAAAACAAGCAUUGAUCCAAAAAUUGUUAAGCAGAUUAAGGAAGCUCUUGAUGCUGUAAAUCCCUUUGUUCAGCAGUAUCGAGCAGCAUCAUCAAGGAUAAUUGGUGAAGACUGUCAUGACCUUAAAUUAUGCCUGAUAAGCAGCAGAGAACAUGAUGGAAGGACAUUCAAUUUACCAUCUGCUUCAGAGGUUGCAGCAUUAGUCGUUGGUGAUGUUGAUAUGGCUUUUAAUGUCAGGGAUGUUAUUGUUGAGCAAUUGUCUGGAUCAAUUCAACAUAUUAGUGAAUUACAUCCUGCAUACCUUCCACUCCAAUAUCCAAUCCUAUUUCCAUUUGGAGAAGAUGGAUAUAGGCAUGACAUCGAACACAGAGAAGACACCCUUAGUUCUACCAAGAAGAAAAAAAGGCUAAGCAUGAGAGAAUAUUUCACUUUCAGGUUGAUGGUGCGGGAGAAUGAGGCAUCGGCAUUACUACAUGCACGAAGAUUACUACAACAAUUUGUGGUUGAUGGUUAUACAAUGAUUGAGUCACAAAGGCUACUUUGGAUUCGAACGCAUCAGAAAGAAUUGCGUGUUGAUUUGUAUCAGGGAUUAUCAGAUGCUUUAACAAGUGGAGAACGGGAUGCAAGUUCCACUGGUAGACGCAUAAUAUUACCUUCAUCAUUUACUGGGGGUGCAAGAUAUAUGAUACUAAAUUACCAAGAUGCAAUGGCUAUAUGUAGGUGGGCAGGAUAUCCAGACAUUUUUAUUACAUUUACUUGCAAUCCUGCUUGGCCUGAAAUAACAAGAUUUUGCAAAAAACACUCAUUACAGCCCUCAGAUCGUCCUGAUAUACUAUGUAGAGUGUUCAAAAUGAAGUUGCAAACAUUAAUGAAGACCAUUAAGGAGGAAAAGUUAUUUGGCACUGUUCGUGCAGAGGUUUACACCAUUGAGUUUCAGAAGCGAGGCUUGCCACAUGCCCAUAUAUUAUUAUUCCUUGAUCCAAGGGAUAAGCUAAAGAACCCGGAAGAUGUUGAUGCGAUGAUAUGUGCGGAAAUUCCAGACAAGAACACUUCACCAUUGUUAUAUGAAUUAGUAAAGAAAUUCAUGGUCCAUGGACCAUGUGGUGCAGCAAACCCGAAGUCACCAUGCAUGAAAGAUCAUAAAUGCAGUAAGUACUUCCCUAAGAAAUACAACUCACAUACAACUAUUGAUGAUGAUGGUUAUCCAACAUAUAGAAGAAGGAAUGAUGGGCGUAUCAUAGAUACAAAAUCUAUCCCACUAGAUAAUAGAUAUGUUGUCCCUUACAAUCCACUACUACUACGUAGAUUUCAAGCUCAUAUCAAUGUUGAGAAAUGCAAUCAAUCAACCGCAAUCAAGUACUUAUUCAAGUACAUUAGUAAAGGGAAUGAUAGAGUGGUUGCAGGCAUAUUUGAUGACAACGGGGGAAGGGUGUUUGAUGAAAUACAGCAAUAUUAUAACUGUAGGUACAUAUCAGCGUGUGAAGCUUCAUGGAGAAUAUUUGGAUUUGACAUUCACCAUAGGCAUCCUUCAGUUGAAAGAUUGAGUUUCCAUCUUCCUAAUCAGCAAGCAGUGAUUUAUUGUAACACCGAUGAUGUUGCUGAUCUAUUAGAUAAACCAAGGGUUUCUGAAUCUCAAUUCCUCGCAUGGAUGAAGCUUAAUAUCAUAGAUGCUUUUGCUCAAACUCUAACUUAUUCAGAAUUUCCAAAUCAUUAUGUCUACAAGCGAGAUAAACGAGAGUGGAGGAAAAGGAAGAAGGGCUUUGCAGUGGGUAGAAUAACUCAUGUCUCACCAACAGCAGGAGAACUAUAUUACCUUCGAAUUCUUCUAACUAAAGUAAGAGGUCCACGUUCAUUUGAUGAGAUCAAAACAGUUAAUGGUGUUGUACAUUCUACAUUUAGGGAAGCGUGCUUUGCAUUGGGAUUACUAGAUGAUGACAGAGAGUAUAUUGUUGCAAUUAACGAGGCAUCUUCAUGGGCAUCUGGAAAUGCUUUGAGAAAAAUGUUUGUGAGCAUGUUAUUAUGCUGUUGUCUUAGCCGUCCAGAAAAUGUUUGGAAGGAGACUUCAAAGCUGCUUGCUGAAGAUUUAUUGUACAUUCCUCGCCAAGAUGCCAACACUUUUAGCGACUUAGUUUCAUUGCAUGAGAAGGAGCAACUUGCACUAAUUGAGAUUGAUAAAUUGCUUCAAUCUAAUGGGAAGAGUCUUGAUAGUUAUCCUACACUUCCUCGCCCUACUUAUAGAGAGCCUUUAGAUGUCACAAAUCAUCUAAUCUUACAAGAAUUGAAAUACGACCGACAAGCUCUUCAGAUAGAAGCUGAACAACUUAUUGCUGCUUUGACUGUUGAGCAAAAGGACAUUUUCAACAAGAUUUUAAAUGCAUUGGAGGGUGAUAUGGGAGACUUUUUCUUUGUCUACGGAUAUGGAGGCACAGGGAAAACAUUCUUGUGGAAUGCACUUACAUCAUCAUUGAGAUCAGCAGGAAAAAUUGUCUUGACUGUUGCAUCAAGUGGAAUUGCAGCUACGUUAUUGCCCUCCGGGAGGACUGCUCAUUCUAGGUUUGCUAUCCCAAUCCAAAUAACUGAAUAUUCACUUUGUUCAAUAAAGCAUAAUUCUGCUUUGGCAAAACUGAUUCAAUGCACGAAAUUGAUUAUUUGGGAUGAAGCUCCUAUGGUUCAACGUCAUUGUAUUGAAGCCUUUGAUCGAACUCUUAAAGAUAUAAUGCAUUGCUCUCAUCCAUUUGGUGGUAAAUGUGUCGUUAUGGGAGGUGAUUUUCGUCAAAUUCUUCCUGUUAUCCCUAAAGGCACAAGAGCAAGUGUUGUCAAUGCAUGUAUAAGCUCAUCAUUCUUGUGGGGUCAUUGCACGAUGUUUCAAUUGACAAAGAAUAUGCGUUUGCAAUCAUCUGCAUCUAACCAAGACAAUGAAAGGUUAGAGAGGUUCUCCAAUUGGUUGUUAGCUGUAGGUGAUGGUCGUCUAGGUGAAAGUAAUGAUGGUAUUGCUGAGAUUGAAAUUCCACCUGAGUUGUUAGUAUCAAAAUUCUCAAAUCCAAUAGAGGCAAUUGUUUCUUCAACCUAUGUGGAUCUGAUGGGAAAUCUUGGGAACAGCGAAUACUUCAAUAACAGAGCAAUUCUUGCACCCACGAUUGACCAUGUGAAUCAAAUUAAUGAUUACAUGUGUUCUUUAUUGCCUGGUGAUUCUUAUGAGUAUCUUAGUUGUGACACUGUUUGCAAGUCAACUGAAGACAGUGAUAGCUUUGACAACUUGUAUACUACUGAAUUCUUAAAUACUAUCAACAGUUCAGGCUUACCACCACAUAAGUUAUACUUGAAAGUAGGUGCCCCUAUUAUGCUAUUAAGGAACAUUGAUCAAGCAUCAGGCCUUUGCAAUGGUACUCGUCUCCAGAUAUCUAAGCUUGGGAAGAAUGUCAUUGAAGCGAUUACUUUAAAUGGAUCGUGUCCCAACCACAAGGUAUUGUUGCAUAGGAUGGAUAUGAAUCCAUCAGAGAGUCGAUGGCCAUUUCGUAUGCAACGGAGGCAAUUCCCAGUGACACUUUCAUUUGCUAUGACUAUUAACAAAAGUCAAGGUCAAUCAUUGAGGAAUGUAGGCUUAUUCUUGACUAGGCCAGUUUUUACACAUGGACAAUUAUAUGUCGCAUUGUCUAGAGUUCGAUCAAUGGAUGGCUUGAAGAUUAUUGUAGAUGAGUGUGGAUGCAGCAUGAAGACGACAACAACUAAUGUUGUGUACAGAGAGAUAUUUAGUAAUUUGUUGCAGUAG